AACAAUGAAGGGUGUCCUACAUUACAUAUUAUUAACAACUCUAAGUGUGGAAUUUCUAAUGGGAACUUUAGGCAAUGCAUUCACAGUGCUGGUGAACAUUAUGCACUGGGUAAAGAGGAGAAAGAUAUCUUUCAUAGACCAGAUCUUGACUACUCUGGCAAUUUCCAGAAUUUCUUUGUUCUUUUCACUUACUGCAAAUUUAUUUCUAUAUGAACGGUAUCGAGCCAUAAUAAUGACUUCAAGAAUUUUGAGAUACAUGUGUACGUUUUGGACAGUAACCAAUCAUUUCAGUAUCUGGCUUGCUACAUGUCUCAGCAUCUUCUAUUUUCUCAAGAUAGCCAAUUUUUCAAACUCUAUUUUCCUUCAUCUAAAGUGGAGAAUAAAAAAAAUGGUUUCGGGGACACUUUUGGCAUCUCUGCUAUUCUUGUUUUUAAAUAUUUUAGUUGCAAACACACAUAUUCAUGUCUUCAAUUACAGAAUCGAAUCAAAUACAUCCUUCAGUGCCAUAUCAAGUAAUUAUUCUCAACUUCAUAGGCACAUUAUACUUACCAACACUAUGUUCACACUCAUCCCCUUCACUGUGACCCUGACAGUGUUCCUCCUGCUCAUCUUCUCCCUGUGGCGACAUCUGAAGAGCAUGCAGUACAAUGCCCAAGGCUCCAGAGAUGUCAGCACUGUGGCCCACAUGAAGGCUCUGCAAAUGGUGGUCAGCUUCCUGUUACUGUAUUCCUUUUAUUUUCUCUCACUUCUUUUGCAGUUUUGUAACAUUAAGUAUAAGCAAAAAAACUCAAUUUCUCUCCUUUUCUGGGUUAUUGGAGUUGUUUUCCCUUCUGGCCACUCCUGUGUCUUGAUCCUGGGAAACAGUAAACUUAGACAGGCAUUUAUUUCCAUGGUGUGGUGGCUGAGGUGCAGGCUGAGUGCUGUGGAGCCCUCAGUUUCCUAA